GGAGACUAUGUAAAAGUAGGACUGGUCCUGCUGCCACACGGUUAACAGUGAGUUCUAUAAAUACACAUUGAAAUCCGCCAUACAACACAGACAAUUAACAAGAGCUAAUUUUCUCUUGCUCAUCAAUUUCCAACAAUGGCGUCAAAAGUUAUUAGUUUUUUCUCAUUUUCCCUCAUUGCCCUUUAUCUCCUCUCUCAAUCAGCUUUGGCAGAUUCCCAUGGCAAUGGGCAAUCACCAUUUGGGUUCCUCAACCAUCUGCAAGGUUGUCACAAAGGUGAAAAGGUCAAAGGUAUCCAAGAGCUCAAGAAGUAUUUGGAAAAGUUUGGUUACUUGAACUAUAACAAUACUUCUGCAAAUCAAGAUGAUGAUGAUUUUGAUGAAUUAUUAGAGUCUGCUCUCAAAACCUACCAGCUUAAUUACAACCUAAAUAUUACUGGAGUCUUGGACGCCAAAACUGUGUCCCAAAUGAGUUUGUCUCGAUGCGCGUUGGCUGAUAUUGUCAAUGGUUCAACUAGAAUGCAGUCUGGCAAGAAAAGGGUCGACCACCAUGGCUCUAGCCACUUCCACACUGUCUCUCACUUCACUUUUUUUGGAGGAAAUCCUAAGUGGCCAUCUACCAAGUAUCAUCUUUCUUAUGCAUUUCUUGCGGGGACCAGAGUUGAUGCAGUGACGCCUGUUGGAAGGGCCUUUGCAGCAUGGGCUGCCAACACACAUUUCACUUUCUCUUGGACAAGGAACAUCAGUGAAGCAGAUAUCACGAUUAGUUUUGAAAGUGGAGAUCAUGGAGAUGGUUAUCCUUUUGAUGGUCCUGGUGCAACUCUUGCUCAUGCAUAUGCCCCUACCGAUGGGAGGUUUCAUUAUGAUGCAGAAGAGAAUUGGUCCGUGGGGGCAUCACCUGGGGCAUUUGACUUGGAGACUCUUGCUCUGCAUGAAAUUGGGCAUCUUCUGGGACUCCAUCAUAGCUCUGUUGAGGGAGCUAUCAUGUUCCCUACUUUCUCAGCUGGAGAGACAAAGGGCUUGCAUGAGGAUGAUAUUCAAGGCAUCAGGACUUUGUAUAAUGCUUGAAUAAAUAUGAUUUGAUUUAUUGCUUCUGUGUAAGGGAUAGCUACUUCAAGUUGACGCAAAAUAAAUGAAGGACAAACAUGUGUACACAAUUUUGUAAUGGAAUUUUUCCUCAUCUUUAAAGGAUUCCAAAUUUCCAA